GAAGACGUUAAUGAUUGGUGCACACAAAGACAUCAACAAGCCAAAGAGCAAGAAGUCGCCUUCACAAGUUGCUGUUGUAACUCCUCUCGAGUGCAUGUGGCCAAUAAGGCAUCCAGCAGCUGAUUGGUUGUCAUAAGAACGUCGCGCUCAGCCACAGUGUGGGAGCUCCACUUUUGGCCAGGCAGAGCAACAGCCAAUUAACGAGGAGUAAGCAGAGCCACAGCCCACCCACAUUCAAGAGGGAGUGGCGGAGCCACGACCCCCUAUGUUAAAGUGGAAGAGGAAGAACUCUCGAUGACUCAAGUGGGAGAGCAUCUUCUAGGGCCAGAGGAGGCUGAUCUCACCAGGUUGCCACAGAAUGGUGUCUCUGUGGUGACCGAAGACCCUGAAGACAAACCACCUGAGUCCUCACAGCUUCAUCAUAGUACAAGUGAGGAGAUGAGAGAGGCGGAGCCACAGCCCCUCUGUUUUAAAGAGGAAGAGGCAGAGUCACAGCCCACCCACAGUAAAGAGGAAGAGGAGAAGCCACAGCCCACCCACAUUAAAGAGGAAGAGGCAGAGUCACAGCCCCCCUAUGUUAAAGAGGAAGAGGAGGAGCCACAGCCCAUCCACAUUCAAGAGGAAGAGGUGGCGCCACAGCCCACCCACAUUAAAGAGGAAGAGGUAAAGUCACAGCCCCCCUAUGUUAAAGAGGAAGAGGAGGAGCCACAGACCACCCACAUUAAAGAGGAAGCAGCGGAGCCACAGUCCCUCUGUGUUAAAGAGGAAGAGGAGGAACUCUCGAUCACUCAGGACAAAGAGCAUCUUCUAGGGCCAGAAGAGGCUGAUCUCACCAGGUUGCCACUGACUUGUGUCUCUGCAGUUACUGAAGACCAUGAAGACAAACCACCUGAUUCCUCACAGCUUCAUCAUCGUCCAAGUGAGGAGAUGAGAGAGGCAGAGCCUUCAUGCAGCAGCUCACUGCAACACAUGACAACAGAAGCUGAUGGAGACCACUGUGGAGGAUCACAAGCAGACAACCUCUUAGCUCCACUGUCAGAUAGUGACGACACAACGUCACACUCUCCUGAAGAUGAAGACAGCGACUACAACCAAGAAUCUCUGAGCAGCGAUACAGACUGUGAAGGUGAUAUGACGACUCACACUGGAAACAAACACUCUGAAAGCUCUAAAAAGACGACAGAUGAACGUUUUAACUGCUCAGUUUGUGACAAAAGAUUUUCUUGGAUGAGUACUUUGAAACAACACAUUAGAACACACACAGGAGAAAAACCUUUUAGUUGUUCAGACUGUGGUAAACGAUUCAAUCUAAAGACACACAUGCGGUUACACAUGAGAACACACACAGGAGAAAAACCUUUUAGUUGCUCAGACUGUGGUAAAUGCUUCACUCUAAAUACAAACAUGAAAAGACACAUGAGAACACACACAGGAGAAAAACCUUUUAGUUGCUCAGACUGCGGUAAAUGCUUCACUGAAAAGGCACACAUGCGAUUACACAUGAGAACACACACAGGAGAAAAACCUUUCAGUUGCUCAGACUGUGGUAAACGCUUCACUCAAAAGACAAACAUGCAAUUACACAUGAGAACACACACGAGAGAGAAAACAUUUAGUUGCUCAAAUUGUGGUGACACAUUUUCAUGGAAGUCCUCUUUGAAAAGACACAUGCAGAGUCACUGAUGGUGUCCUGUUUGACUCGCUUGACUUCCUUUCAGUCAUUGUGUUGCCACUGUGUUGUAAUAUUCUUUGCACGUGUCUUUGUUCAAUAAAUACAUCUUGUUUUUAUUAAUGUGGAAAAGAAAAACAUGGUGACUGCUGUGGUUUCAUUUGUAGUUAAGUGGGGGGGGGGGGGGUUUGACUGUAU